UUCUCAGUAGAAUGCCACAUAAGGUUGGCAAGUGAAAAUUUUAAAAAAUGGAACAAGUGCGCGUGCAUGCCAAAACUAAACACCGUAGUUCUCGGUCCGGAUCCAGCUCGCGGAGAGUGUCGACCAGCAGUGGGCAUCAGCGAUUGGAAGCUUCCGAACAAUCUCCAGGCAGUCCGCGAAACGAUGAAGAAGUUUCUAAAAAUAGAGCACCCUUUACCGUAGGAGGUUCACAUUCUUCACGACCAGAUGAAAAUCUAGAUAGCGCCUCUACGACGACAAACGCCAGCAGCACGAAAGUCCACAACAAUAUCAACAACAACAACAAUGUUGAUGAUGCAAUUGAUGCUAACAGAAAUCCACCCGAUCAGCAGCGCGUGGAAACGACUUCCGUAGACACCGUUCCGGGAACGGACGACAAACUGCAAAAGGGUAUCCUGGGCUACAUGGACCGCCAGCUGAAGGUGCAGUCCCUGUCAGAUCCGCAGAAAAGUCCCGCUCAGCGGAGCACCCGCAGCCGAAGUAGCCUAGAUAAAAGCCCACGCAGAAAGCGCAGCAAAUCGGAAUCCCGCAGGCGGAGAGAGCGGAAAAUUAUCGCUGCUGGGGAAAUGGAAGUGCGCCAGGCAAACGAAACGCUGAUGCGGUAUCUGAAGCAGUGUUCCGAUUUCAAUGACGCGUCGCUUUCGGGUGAUUUGGAGAUUCCGGAAAACCUCGAAGAUAGGCGGGUGCACCGGAAGACGAAGUCGCAGCGAGAGCGGAAGCACCAGCAGCAGAACGCGCCGAAGCAUACUGGUGAAGACACUUCCACCUACCAUGGCGAAAUCUACAACCCAUUCACACCAGUCGUGUCGCCAACGACGGAAGCGGCCCCAACCAGAAUCGAUAAAAUGUACAUCCAGACGGCUAGCGGAUAUCGGCCGGUAGACAAUACUUACCACCACCAUCACCUGCACCAUCAUCACUCGCAGUACCAUCGCCAUCAUCUGAGGCCUGGUGGCGGUGGCGGUGGUUUGGCUGGUGACCCUGAAAGCAAUAAUUACACAAUAAGAACAGCAGUGCAUCUUUCCUGUGCGGUGCAAAGAGUAUGGCUGCAUAUAGCCAACGUAUGUCACGGUUUGCUGGGAGGGUGCCUGGCUCAUCUGCUGCUGAUCUGUACAACAAGACCGUACGAUUGGGUCGAAGCUUCCAUACGGCACUAUUCGGCCUUUGCGGAAGUAUACGCCAACACGUUUUACUGUUUGGCUAUCAUCUGUAUGGUUUCGAUAUUCGAUAGAAUGGACAUAUCACACUUCAGCCUAUCGAGUGCGACGGAUAACAACAUUUCGUUUAGAUCUGUGGUUAUCAUCAUGAUAUAUGCAGCAACGAUUGUACUAAGUCUGUCGGCUGGAUCGAUGGACGAACGCCUUUACCUGUCCGCUUCUAAUGUGACCGUGUGGGAAGAGGAACUGGAAACGAACAAAGUACUCAGCAUCUGGAAUACUCUAUCGAUAGCCCGCAGUGUUGGUGCUAUUUUCGGAUGGGUUGUGAUUGGCAUGUCGCCGGAUCAGGACCAACUGUACGACCAUUUGCUCGAAAUGGAGAAAUAUCAACUCCAGUAGGCAGCAACCAGUACCAACCAAAGAUAGGCAUAAUGAAAUCGACGAUAAUAAGCCUCUUAUCUCUAUAUUGCACUUCAAAAACUGUGUUACGUUCUUAAUGAGUAACUGUAAAAAUGGCCACUGUAAAUACUAGAAUAAAGGAUCAUAGCUAAUGGGAACGAUACAGAACAAAAUACGAAAAUAGAGAUCAUUCAAUAGCAGUAACAUAAACGAAGCCUCAGGCUAAGACAUCAUUGUAACAAUAAACCAGCAAAAUAAAAGGAGAACUAAAGGACUACAAUAGGAUAUGCGUUGGCGAACACAAACCAAUCGAAUUAACGCUAAUUGUUGUGUAACAAAAUUAUCCAAAAAAUCAGAAAAAUAUUACGCCAACCAAACACGACCGUUAACCAGUACAAUAUAUCCAAUAACGUUAUCUGUAUCUCCCUUGUUUAGACAAUGAUCGAAUUGAAUAUGUUCCAUACUCAGUGCAAGACAUGUAAUCCUCAAUAAAUGCUUAAAGCCUGAAUCGGAAUACCGUCAGUAUAUAUGCCCCAGCUUUUUGACAAACAUCAAACAAUCGUUAGAGAAAUCCUAUAAAAUUCUGUUAUCAACUAGGUAAGGAGGAGCAAUCCUUGCAAAGCUAAAAGAUAUGCUAGCUAAUAAACGGCUGGUAGGAAAAUUGAAAGUUUUGUUAUUCUGUAACGGCCAAGGACUGAGAUAGAAGAAAAUUACAAUUAUAAAGAAUCCAUGGUGAUUUGCAAGACUUACGAAAACUGUAAUAAUGAACGUUGAACAAUGAGAUAAUCAUAUGAUAGCGGUUGGAACGUAUCAAUCUAAACAUAGCCAGGAAUGAAGAAGAUAUGAAAUUAAUGAUGAAAUCUUCCGAACACGUGAACAUAGUGAAUUCAGAGUGAAAACUAUCAUUCCUACAUGUAUACACAAAAUCUGAGCUAGCCUAAUGUACAACAACACAAAAUCUCAUACUAAUUUCACACAUCAGUAGAGCAAAUACACGUUAGUAAAUGACAGCUAAAGCAGAUCGUUUAAUUAUUUUGGAAAUCAUUCCCCAGAAAAAUGGUUAUCUUCUGUAAAAUUCCCAACCGCCAACGUUGAUAUUUCUUCAUAUUAGGUACUUACAUAGAUUAGGAACUAAAAUCACUUACCCAAAACUGAAAAUAAAAACCAAAAACAAAUAUUCAACACCGUAGUGAAAGGGCAAAUUACAUGAUACUCUUUUUUGUUGCAACAUUGUGUUAGGAAAUACAACACUCAUCACAAUAAAU